AUGCAAAUUACUAUAUUUUUUAAGGACUUUAAGAAAGAGAAGCUGCCUAUGCAGCUUUCAACAACAGCCACAGUCGCUGAAGCCAAACAACUUUUAGCAAAGGAAAAACAUUGUGAAGAGUCGCAGCUUAAGAUGAUAUUUAGUGGUAAGGUGUUGCAGGAUGCUAAUACCCUAGAGAGUUGCAAGUUGAAGGACGGAGAUCAAGUGAUAUUUAUGAUUUCGAAGAAAAAGCCUGUUUCUGCCGCUGUUGGUGCUGUGUCUUCCGGUGUUUCAGUGAGUAUAGCUAGCGAAUCAGUUGAUACGAAGGUGACAGAGGCCCCUAAACCCGAUGGCGGGUCGCGGUCUCCGGCUGCGGCUGCUGCGGAUGGUGCGGCCGAACCCACGGCAGCUCCUGCUGCGUCUGCUGGCGAAGGUAAUUCCACAGACCCAGGGUUUGUAACGGGAUCUCACCGUAACGAGACUAUUGAACGGAUUAUGGAGAUGGGCUACGAACGUAGAGAGGUCGAGUAUGCGUUGCGUGCGGCCUUCAACAAUCCAGAUCGUGCUGUUGAGUACCUAUUGACAGGGAUCCCUGAAAAUCUGCAGGCCCCUGCACCCGCUGCCCAAGAAGAACCCAAUCCCGAAGGAGAAGCUGCCACUACUGGAGGCGCAGGUACUGAUGAUGGAGCAGCUCUUGAAGAUGAUCUAUUUGCUCAGGCUGCUGCCGCCGAGAUGCGUAGCAACGGCGCAAUUGAGGGCACUGCUAGUGGCAACAAUGCCAGUAACGAUAGCAGUCCACUGCAUACUAUUGGCCUCACUUUCGAAGACUUGAUGCAGUUGCGCGGCGUGAUUAACGGUGACCCUGAAUCUUUGCCUCCUUUGCUAGAAUCUCUCAGUGAGCGUUAUCCCGACUUGCGCGAGCAAAUUAUGAGCAACCCCGAGGCCUUUAUAUCAAUGUUACUACAGGCUGUCGGCGGUUCUCUUCCUACUGAAUCCCCUGAAGAUUCCUUGGCCUUGAGAGCAGAUGACGCAGAUGCCGGUGACGCCCCUGUAACUGCCCUACCAGGCACUACAACAAGUUCUCAGGAUUUACUACAGUUGUCUACAGAUGAUAUCACUGCAAUUGAUCGUUUAUGUGAGCUAGGUUUUGACAGAGACUUGGUAGUCCAAGUAUACGUCGCUUGUGACAAAAACGAAGAAGUUGCUGCAAACAUGUUAUUCACAAAUUAUUCUGACUGA